CCCUCGACUGGAUUUCGAGCCGCUCCUCCACCAUCUCUCGUGGAACCAGGAUCUCUGUAAGGACCCACACUAGGAGACCAAAGCCUCGAACCUACAGUAUCAACCCUCCCGGACGAACAAGUCCUCCACAACAAUGAACAGACGUCGCAGUGAGCCCGUUCCAGAACCCAUUUACCCAUUUGUUUGCAAUAAAUAUCAUUUUACUGAUUUCUGUCUCUCCUGUGGUCGUUCUGCAUCUGGGUAAAAAAGUUAGACACCAACAUGACAUACACAAUAUUCCUGCUUUUCAGCAUAUUCAGUUUACUGCAUAGAGAAAUUAAAACAGAGAUUAUCUUUAUCAGCAACUAUGAUUUAAAACUGUCUUGGUUGAUGUGAAAUGAUCAUAUUGAACUCUGGUGAAAAUAAUGGCCUCAGGUUUUGUGUCCUUUACAUUUACAAGCUCAGUUGUUUGUUUUUUCUGACUCUCCUUUUACUCACGUAGGAACAUGUUUCCAGAGAGCUUCCUUCAGGCUUUCUUCGAGCAGUACAAGACUGAGAUUGUUCAUGUCACAAAAGAUCAAACUAUAACCUACGUGCCACGCAAUGACAGUGAGAUGCGACUGAUAGGCACCUAUGUUCCUGGAGCCAACAUGCUAGGACUGAUCAUCUGGUCUUUCACCAUCGGCAUCCUGUUAAACAGGGUGGGAGACCAGGCAAAAAGCACUGUGAAUGUCAUUCAAUACAUCAACGAUGCAAUAAAAAUCAUAGUCCACUGGUUCGUGUGGUAUUUGCCAAUUGGAGUUUUGUUCCUGAUCGCAGACAGUGUGUUGAAUGUGGAAGACUGGCGAGAGGCCGUGAAACUUGUGAAGUUUGCAGGGGUGGUUUGUAUGGGACUGGGAUUCUACGCCUUUCUUAUUCUUCCCUUGGCUUAUUUAGCGAUAGUCAGAAAGAACCCCCUUAAAGUCUUCAAGAAUAUCUCCAAGGCUCUGACAACUGCAUUUAUUGUCGCAUCCAGCACCGCCGCUCUACCUAUUGCCUUUCAAUGCUGUGAAGAGAAUGCGAAGGUCAAUAAGAAACUCGUCCGCCUCAUAUUGCCCAUCACCGUCAGCCUCAACAUGAACGGGACAAUAAUUUACGAAGUGAUCGCUUCCGUCUUUAUUACUCAGAUAAGUGACAUCAAGCUGGAAGUCAGCCAGAUAAUCGCCAUUUGCUUGGCUAGUUCCAUUGUCACCUUUGGAACUGCAGGGGUCCCAGCAAAAGGAGCUGUGACCACUAUCAUGGUUCUGACAUCUGUGGGACUUCCUGCAAAGGAUGCUGCCAUGCUGGUGAUAUUUGAAUGGCUUCUAGACCAUUUCACUACCAUGGUGAAUAUGCUCGCAAACAUGAUGGGUCUGAUUAUCAUCAAUGCUAUAUGGGAAAAGGAGCUGGUAGUCAUGGAAGAAGCAGAAAGGACUGAUAAAGUUCGUUCCCCCAGUGAGCUCCAGCUGGACUUAAUCUGUUUGGAGCCAGAUGACGAGGUCAUCCCGUCCAACGCCGCCGCAUCAGGAUCCAUUUCACCUAAGUGAGAGGAUCAUCUCAGCACCAUAUUAACGCCAACGAGCUGAAACCUCGGGACAGUGAUGUCACCAUCCUGGGGUGUCUGAGCUGAUCAUUUCCCUGUUCGCUUAUAGUUAUUGCUAGUAGGACGGUGCCAUAAUCAGUUUAUUCAUCUGUAUUCAUUUUCCAUUUUAUUUCGGUUUUUGCCACUUUUAAAUUAUAUACUUAUGUGUUCCUAAUGCAUUUAUGUGAAAAUUGUUACAAAUUAUAAGCAUUGUUAUGUGUUUGAAGGUCACUCAUCUUCAGUAUUCCAGAUUUUAUUCUUAAAAUAAAAAUAAAAUAUAUUAAUUUUUCAUUUUAUUUCAGUUUCUGCCACUUUUAAAUGAUAUAUUUAUAUGUUCCUAAUGUAGUUACGUGAAAAUUGUUACUGAUUAUAAGCAUUGCUAUGUGUUUGAAGAUCGUUUAUCUUCAGUAUUCCAGAUUUUAUUAUUAUUUUGCAUGUUUACAAUGCAUGGACUUUACUGUUUUUAUACAUUUUAGCUUUCUCUUCAUAUAGUAGAAAUAUUUCUCCAGUUUUUUCUCUCUAAUCAACACGAGCUGCCACAGUUCCCUAUCUUCUGCAAUUGAUUUUCUCCCAAUAAUAAAUCACAUUUGUUUAUUAUCAAUAAUCAGCAUGUUUUAUCUGUUUACUUGAUUUGAUUGUUUGGAUCAUUUCCUUGUGUAUCUAGUGGUUAAAUGCCUGUCUUUCUGCUUUUAACCUCUGUGACUUUGUAUUAGACUUGAAUGUACCAUAAGUGUUCUAUGCACAACAUUUGACUGAUUGAUACAACAAUACUGUGCUUUGUAAAUAAAUGGUCCUUUACGUUG